AUAUCUUGUAUUCGUCAGCAAACACCAUGAAGGUUUCACCAACUGGCCUUCUAAAUACUCGUUUAACUGGAACUCACAAGAUGUUGGUCCGAAUAGAGAUAUUGUCGGUGAAUUGAUGAAUGCUACAAGAGAACAUUCAGAUCUGAGGUUUGGGCUGUACCACUCUCUGUUUGAAUGGUUUCAUCCACUGUACCUUGCUGACAAGCAGUCUGGAUUUGCCACUCAAGAUUUUGUCAAUCAAAAAACAUUACCUGAACUCUAUGAGCUAGUGAACACUUACAAGCCUGAAGUUGUCUGGUCUGAUGGUGACUGGGUGGCUAAUGAUACUUACUGGAAAUCAAAAGAGUUCUUGGCUUGGCUGUACACAGACAGCCCAGUUAAGGACACUGUGGUAGUCAAUGACAGAUGGGGUAAAAACUGCUCCUGCCACCAUGGCGAUGUGUACACAUGUGGAGACAAGUUCAACCCAGGGGUUCUUCAGAAGCACAAGUGGGUUAAUGCUAUGACUAUUGAUAGGCAUUCAUGGGGGUUUAGAAGGAAUGCUCAUUUGGCUGAAUUCCUGACCAUUGAAGAGUUGUUGCAGACCUUUAUUACAACAGUCAGCUGUGGAGGCAACAUGCUGAUGAAUGUUGGACCUCCUAGUCAUGGAUUUAUUUCUCCAAUUUAUGAGGAACGUCUCCGCCAGAUGGGGUCAUGGCUACAGGUCAAUGGAGAGGGCAUCUACAGUUCAAAGCCCUGGACUUAUCAAAAUGAUACUUUGACUAAGGGUGUUUGGUACACAUCUAAAACUAAUACAUCUGGCACUGAUGUUUAUGCUUUCGUCUUUGACUGGCCAUCCAACUCAGUACUCUCCCUUGGGCUACCAAAAACAUCUGCAGCUACCACCAUUUCCUUGCUGGGUUAUCAAGAACUCUUUAGCUUCAACACCAGGCAGCCUGCAGGAGUUGACAUUGUGGUUCCAGCCAUUCCAAUUAGCAAACUGCCAUGUCUGUGGAUGUGGGUCUUCAAAAUCACAGCCGUUGACAAUUAG